CCGCACACCACCACAUUGUUGGUUUUCUAAUGAGUGUGGCAUAUAUUUUGAAAUGUAAACCGGUACUAAACGUUCUGGCCGCCUGUCUCCAGUGAGACAUUCCGUGUGUUCGCCUGUUUCAGGGCUUUUGUGUGUGCUUGUUCGGGCAAUGCGGUGUGUUUGUGUUUGAAUUUGAGGGACAGCUAGCCAGCUAGUUAUCUGUCGAGGCUGAGGCAUGGUGUCCAUCUGGCAGAGCGACAUGAGGGAGGCAGUGCGGCUUUCUAUGUCUGUCUGGCUUCGUUCUUUGUGCGCUCCAGAUGGUUAAUUUACCGAAUGUUGGCUGCAUGGCUGUUGUGGGUUUUGUGAACAUUUGGCUCGAUUCUCUGUCGUGUGUGCGUCAUUUCACGUACUAGCUCAAAGGACAACGUGAUGAGCGACGGGACAAAGCGAGCAGCUCAGAGAAGUUCUCUGGAAGAAGAGCAACAACCAGAGCAGGAUCAUUCCUCCGCCGUGUCGGACAGUGAUGACGGCUCACCACUCGACCUGUCAGGAAGGGGGGUCCUGGGGAAGCGCCGUCGCCGUGGCAACCUCCCCAAGGAGGCGGUGGAGAUUCUGCGGAACUGGCUGUAUGAACAUCGCUUUAACGCAUACCCAUCAGAGCAAGAGAAGCUCAGUCUGUCGGGCCAGACCAACCUCUCAGUGCUGCAGAUAUGUAAUUGGUUUAUUAACGCACGCCGGCGCCUUCUCCCUGACCUUCUACGCAAGGAUGGCAAAGACCCCACCAAGUUCACCAUCUCCCGAAAGAUUGCUGGUAAAAAUGAAGGCCAUUCAGGCAAUGGAGGUGGAACAAGCUCUCCUGAAAGAAUCUCACCCCCUGCCUCUUCCCAGCAACGCCCAUCGGUCAUCCGCUCUACCCCUACCCUAGACCUCAGCCUUCUGGGUAACACAGCAACAGCAAUUUUGACAGGUGCUGGUUACCCAGGUAAAGAAGCAUCAGUCCAUGCACUAAUGAAGCUGGACACACACAGUCUUCUCAAGGAAGUAGAGGAAAGAGGGGUGCAUGGAGCUUGUCUCACCAGCACAACCAUGGCAGCUAGUCCCACCGGUGGCCUCUUCAACACGCCUCCCCCGACACCACCCGAGCUUUUCCCCACCCAAGACUUCAGUGAUUUGAGGCUUCUAGUUGAUGCAGCUCUGCAGAGAGCAGCAGAGCAAGAGAACUUUAAAAGACUUCAAGAGGCCCAGAACAAACCAAAAGAGUCUGUAGAAACCAAGUGUAGUGCUUACAGCAGUGACAUGGGCCCUACACCGCCCCCAGAAGAAGGCCAACAAGUCAUGGAUGCUUCUAGAGUACAGAGUCUGAUGGAAAAAGCUUUGGCAGCUCCAGUACCAGCUGUAACGUCAGUGAAGACCCCAGUGGUUCAGUCCAUAGCAGCCCCUGUCCUGGUUUCAACUCCUGUCCUGGUCCCAACGACAAGGUUGUCUCCUCUUCCUGUGAAUAAUGUAAUCUGGAGCCCAUUGGAGGACAGAGUUGGAGCCUCCAGUCCAAAACAGCCUCCGCCUGUUCCAUCUCUUCUGCCAGCAUUAGGGCUGCUGCCGACAUCUGUCUGUGGGCAACUGGAUUCUCAGAAGGCUGCAGCAGCUCCAACCUCAGGCAUAGCUUCAGCUCCUGCUCAUCAGCCCAGUGCAGCAAGUACAACAGUGCAGGCGUCAAGGCCGGUUUCUGUGCCAGCUCCAGUCCCAUAUACAAGUCCAGCCUCUGCUGCUGCUCCGAGCCAAAUCUCCUCUCCAAAUGUAGCGUUUGUUCCAGCCGCUGCUUCCACAUCCCUCUCAACCGCCAGAGCAGUUUCUCUGUACAUGCCAUUUCACAAACCUCCCAUAAUCCCAGUCACUGGGCCAUGUCCCUCAUCUGUCACAACCUCGGCAGCACCUCCAUCCCCUGUUUUCUCCUCAGUCUCUGCCCCGGCCCAGGCUUCGGUUUCAACGUCACCCUCUCCUCCAACCAUCACACCUCUUACAGGCCUCGCCUCCCAGCUCACCUCUCCCCUCCUUCACCCUUCUUCCACCAACAACAGAAAUGCACCUAGUGUUUGGAGCGUGGUACAUUCGGACACUCGACAACCAAGUCCUCUUCAAGUGGUCAAGUCCCCCAUCACCACAGGCUGGGCUCCACUGCACACAAUGAGUGAAACGGUGAACUAGGAGCUGUAACGGAGCAGGCUACUUUUUUUCUUUCUUCUUUUUUGUUUUUGUUUUGUACAAAGUCUGGAGAGAAUGGAGAUCUAGCUGAGAUCACUUUGUAUAUAAAAGAAUGUAUCAUUCUCACCAGUGUAGACACUAAAGCCUGUUCCUCUACAACACACAGUAAAGUAUUGGACAAAGAAACUGGGACAAAGUAACAGACAUGACAAAUUUUUACUAACGUUUGGCCUCCAGAAACUUUUAUUGUUUUAAUUCAUCAACCUUUGCAGACACUGCUGAUUGUAAGAACAUUAUGGUGCCAUUUCCAAAGAGAACAUUUUAUAGAACGGUUUACAUUUCAAAACGUCCCUUUAUUUGUGUCAAAGAUUAAAUUGGCAGAAUAAUGAGCACCAGCAGAGCGGCGUCUACAGCAACAGUACUAGACUUCGUUAAACGUCUCCUAUUCCUGUUUGCUUUUGUUAUAUACAGACCUGCAUUGAAGGUCGAGAGUUUUAGGAAAAUUUCUUUCUGCACUAUAUAUAUAUUUUUUUUUUCCUUAUGAAUUCCAAGUCUUGUGUUCAGAAUACAGACAUCCUCCUUUGGUCAAGUCAUAAAUGGUUUCCAGGGGAUUGUUUCCAGAGCAGGGGGGUGCAUGUGCAGAAUAAACAGUAGUUCAAAUAUGUUUGUUGCAGAAAUUUGUGGGGAAUCUGAGAUUUUGACUUCCAUCUACCUUUUUAUGUCCUUAUUUGAUGUAAAAUCGCUGCAUUUAUCAGAUUCUGUUGUCAGAAUGAUUUGGAGCUGACACAUCAGUCUUAAGCUAAGUCCAGGUGUCUUCAGCAUAGUUUAAAGCAAAUGUAGCAGAUAGAGUAAAGUAGCUGGUUCAUUCUUGUUCUGUCACUGCGUGCGCGCGUUCCACCUGUGAGAUACCGUUAGUUCAGCAGUAUUCGUAUGUAUCCCUGAAGCUGUAGUUUCUAUGAAACUGUCUAAGCAUGAAUCACGACAUUUGACUCGAUGGUCUUAACAAGUGUCUUCUGCCUCUGCUUGGUUCAAAUGGUUACAAUGAUGGGGGGUCAAAAAGCUAAAGAGCACAGACCACAGUGUCAGUAAAAUCAGAAAACUCUUGGAAAUAGGAUUUUGCUGAUUUUUGUUUUUUUACUUAGUCUCUCUUCUUACUGCAAAGCUUUUGUUUCUUAUAGGUACUAGACCAGCAUUUAUACCUCAAUUUAUAGGACACAUCAGGUUUGGGUCAUAUUUGUUAACAUUGUGUAGAAAUGACUUCUAAAUAUAAAAGUAGUAUUUUUUUAUUAUUGACACUACAUUGUGCCACUGUGACGACACCCAAUAGGAUGUGAACUGGAAUGAAAUGUGGGUCAAAAUUUGGCAGGUUUUAUAUGGGUACUGUUUAUAUUGGGUUUUAGGCAUAAACUCAUGCUCCGAACAAAAAACACAGUGUAUUGACACAUGUAAAUAUUUUCAAGUUGCUUUUUCUUUUUGUUUCCUAUGUAAUUAUUGGCAUGAACUUCAUUGAUUCUAUAGUUUUACAGCCUGGUGCAUUUCAAUAGUUUUUUGUUUUUCCCAAGUUCACUUUGUGACUCAUGACUGAAUGUUGGACUGACUGGCUGUUGUGCCUUAUUACGACUGAGGGAUGCUGUCCCAUUUUUAUAUAUAUACAUGCAUAUAUAUAUAUAUACACACACAUAUAUAUAUAUAUAUAUGAGAAUAGCCGUGCAAUAUAUGCCUUAAACUUUAAAUGUGUUUGUACAAGCAUUUCAAAGAAUAAAACUCAGUUUUUCAUUAAUGUGCUUUCGCUCUGUCCUUGUUUUGAAGUCUCACUCACUGACUCUGAGAGGAUCUCAAAAACUGAUUCAAAGUCACAUAGACUAGAAAUAGAACCAUUUUUGUACGAGACAUGACCAAAUGUUUUGGAAUUUGGUCUAAAAUUUCAGACGUGUGUGAUGUAAUCAUAAAUAAUGGUCCAAACUCAAACUUCCAUUAUCUUUUAUUUGUCUCUGCAUUUUCACGUCCUUCAACGGCCCACGUACAGGAUCCUUCAGUCCUUUCGUGGUUUAUCUUUUUAUUUCGUUGUAUCACUCAUCACUUCUGAUUGUCACAAAGCAACAUGCACACAUACGCAUCAGUUUUCUCCAAGAUAUAGGAAUACAAA